CGUUGAUACAGCUUGAAACCCAGCUUCACAGCCAAAUGAUGCAGCUCCAGUCGAUGAUGUUAGGUCGAAGAUGAAGCCUGCUACCAUCUACUCUGAAGGGAACCAAUCACUGGUGACGUUGUCGCCAUUGGUUGUCAGUGCUGCCCAAUGAGCUGACCUCUAUCCCGAUCCUGGUUUCGCGAACGGGUAAAAAGACUGUUACUCUCUCCCCCAUCACAUCCACACCAUAUCUCACUCCCGUUGCUAGCAAUAUGACGACAAAUGGCCACGUCUCUGACACAGAGCAUGAACAUGAAUCAACCAGCGUCUACAAUGCGAAAUCGGUUUCCGAGAUCCGUGCCGCUUUGGCUGAGCUCCACAGAAAAGAGGCCACGGUAACCUCGCAGCUGGAUGCUCUGGUCAGUGCACAGAAAGACCUGCAGCGAGAACUUGGUCGUCUGGAUUUGUUCCGCGCAAAUGCCACUGCGCAAGCCUCCAAGGCAAGAGCGGUGAGCAAUGGCAUGCUCUCUGACGCUGCAGCCAACGCCAAACGGAUCUCAAAUUCCGUCAAGAAACUCGAUCUUGAGCAGGAGAGGGUCAAGGCCACGCUCACCGUCGUUGAACAGGUCGGGGAGCUGAAAGCCUGUGUGCUAGGUGUCUCUGGGUCUAUGGGAGCGGCCCAGGACUGGGAAACCGCUGCCAGCUAUCUUAGCAGAGCCUCCAAAAUUCCCAGUGCCGUCAUUAACGGCCAAUUUGCUGCACGAAUCGUACCGACUGCAGAAGUUCCAGAUGCUCCGGCUGUCACCCUGGAGAAUGCGUCGGAAUCGUUGUGUAGCCUGUUUCUCAGAGAGUUCGAUAAGGCAGUCAAGGACAAUGACGGCGCAAGAAUAACGCGGUUCUUCAAACUUUUCCCUCUCAUCAACCGCUCGGAUGUUGGCCUGGACGUUUAUGGUCGCUAUGUUUGCCAGGGGGUCGCUACUCGAGCGAGAGCCAACCUCAAUGCAGGAACUGGUGGGAAUCAAAGUAAAGACGGGUUCUUCUACGCAAACGCCCUGACCAAAUUGUUCGAGCAUAUUGCGCAAAUCAUCGAAGGACACGGCGGACUGGUCGAACGCCAUUAUGGGGCUGGCAAGAUGGCUCGAGUCAUUGAGCGCCUGCAAGUCGAGGCGGAUCUCCAGGGAGGAAUUAUACUUGAUACUUGGAGCGACGAGAGGAAGAUCGAACGUCAGCUGACCGAUAUCAAGGCAUACGCUUUCACGUUCUUGGUCCAGAGCUUUAUGAAUGCGCAGCGAGGAUCAAGUGGAACGCCGCGCGCAGGCUCUCCCGCACCGGGUAGGUCGAGUGAGGACGAAUCUGUCGAUAUGAAACAGGUGGAUGCCUUAUUAAAUGAGAUGACUCUCAUGUUGGGCAAAUGGUCACUAUACACCAGUUUUAUUGCCGAAAAAUGUCACGAUGCGGGCAGCCUCGAUGAAUCGCUCCCGAUGCCACCAUUCCUCCUCGACUCGAACCUCAACAAAAAGGUUCAAGAGAAACUCCUCAUGCCAUUCAACACCAUGACUACAUUCUUCUUCCGCCGCUCAGUUGAGAAGGCAUUCCAGCUCGACGAGCAGCCGCCAGAUUUGUCCCUCAACCCCCACAAACCGCUCAAUUCCAAUCCUCCUCACGUCACCUCUGCAAUCGAAGACAUCAUGUACAUCGUCAACAAAGUUCUGCAGCAGUCUUUGGCAACGUCGCAGAAGCAGGUCGUCUCUAGCGUCGUUCCGACUCUGGGCAGAAUACUAGGCUCCGACUUCAUCGGUAUGGAACAGCGCAAGAUGCGUGACGAGAGCUACCCCAAGGCCGCGAUUCCAGGUCAACUUCCACCCGAAGCGACAAUUGUCUCAUUUCUCGUCCUUAUCAACAACCUCGACGUAGCUAAGGACUACGUCGUCCAGAUCGCCCGUGCUCGAGUGGAACCCACGGCAGGCUCACCUCAUCGACCCUUGGCAGAACUCUUCCCUGGGCCUGGCGAGGCAGAAGAGGUUGCAGCAGCCCUGACUUCGUUCGCGACGGUCUUUUCGGAGAAGACCAAUGAACUCAUCUCCGACGGUGUCAACGUGGUCUUCCAUAACGUCAUGAAACCUCGCCUCCGACCCAUCCUGAUGGACGCCUUCCGCGACACGGACUACCAGCUCACGCGCGAGCAAUUGCAGGACCUCGCCGGCGACCUCGACGGCGGCGGAGACGAGACCGACGCCUUCUCGGACGAAGUCCGCAUGCGGUUCCAGCUCGGGUGGGACGCGCUGACGAAGCCGAUCGGACGGAUCAUGACCGAGCGCACGUUCGACCAGCUCCUGACGAUCGCAGUAAGCUACCUGAGCAAGAUGCUCGAGAAGCGCCUGUGGACGUACCACGGGCGAGUCAACGAGGUCGGCGCGGCGAGACUGGAGCACGACGUCAACGAGAUCAUCAAGGUGGUGGUCAAGGGCCAGAAGUACGCGCUGCGCGAGGCCUUCUUGCGCUGCAGCCAGAUCUGCAUGAUCAUGAACAUGGACGAGGAGGAGUGGGAAGAGUUGCUGAACUCCGGCGGCGAGGUCGCUGAUAAAUUGAAGCUCGAGGAACGCGUCAGGGCCAGGAACAUGGUCAAGGACACUACUGCCUGAAAACGGGAGAGAAGAGAAAAGCAGGAAAAGAAGAAUAAGGAGAGGUCCAGAAAUGAUACCCAAAAGGAUGUUCAGGAGGCAUCUCAAGCAUUCGUGAAUUGGAUCCUUUUUAACUGGUCUUGAUCAUUUUGAUUUUCUUGUCGCGUAUUCUCAUGGACCAUCCUCUAGAGACACAAAAGCACGCCUCGAGAAAAAUGCGCCGUAUCUCAACCAUUUUCCACGAUGAGUAUGGGCUUACAUUUUGGUUCCUGUUCCGGGACGAGGGGUUGAUGAUAGA